AAUGACAGAUGAAGCCACAAAACCACCAGCUGUGAGGAGACCAUUGAGAAAAGGAGUCAUUUCAGUGUGUGACCUCAGCUCACCCACACACAGCAGCGUCUCUGUGCUGGUUAUCAAAUACGCUCAGCGUCGUAAUGGUCUGCAAGAAGGAAGUACAAAAAUAAUAAUUAAAAAAAAAAAAAAAAAAAACGAAGAUGGGGAUGAGGAGGCUGGAGCAUCUGGUGAAGUAAAGAGAACAACAACCUCUUGAGGACAAUGGAGGACAGAAACAGAACAAUGGUUGUGUUGUUUUUGGUCUUUGUAUGUGCAGGUUUGUCGGCAGAGGGCCAAACUGUGCAGGAUGUGUGUCAAACCUGCCACGCUAACGCCACGUGUGACGACAAGUCAGAUGGCUCUGGAAAAGUUUGUAACUGCAAGUAUGGCUUUGUUGGAAAUGGAAGAAGCUUCUGUCAAGACAAAGAUGAAUGUCAAAUUGGAUCCAGUAAGAUCUGUGGGCAGCACACCACGUGCCACAACACAUAUGGCAGCUACUACUGUACCUGCUUGAAUGGCUACAGACCUUCUAACAACAUGGCUGUCUUUAUCCCAAAUGAUGGAACCCACUGCCGGGACAUUGACGAGUGUGGGAUUACAGGGCUCUGUGGAGUUGGGGGUCAGUGCAGAAAUCUUGAGGGCAGUUAUGAAUGCAGGUGCCAGGUGGGAUACCGAGUCCACAAUGGAGUUGAGCCCUUUCAACCAACAAGAGACAAUGUUUCUUGCAAAGUGGUUGACUGUGGCCAGCCUGUCUUAGAGGAGGACACGGUGCUUCACUCAAACACCGGAACCACAUAUGGCAGCUUGGCUACAUUUGUCUGCGAGGAAGGCUUUGUCUGGAGGAGGGGAGACAACAGCUCUGUUUGUGGAGCGGACGGUCUGUGGAGAAAACCUACCAUGGUCUGUGAAGAGGUCGACUGUGGCUCGCCUCCUGUCCUCGCUCACUCUCACGUGCUGUGGAAUAAGAGCACGAGGAUGGGCACUGAGGUGAUUUAUCAGUGUAUCCAUGGAUAUCAUAAUGUUGGGAAAGGAAAUGUGUCUGUCUGUACUGCAUCUGGACACUGGGACACAUCGUCUGUGCUCUGCCAAGAGAUCUUGUGUGGAAAUCCUCCUUUAAUUGAAUCCACUGGGCUGAAGUGGAAUAAAAAGUCAACCCCAGGCAGCACUGUGCUCUAUUUCUGUAAAGAGGGCUUUUAUUACAAUGGAGGACAAAAUGUAUCCAUCUGUGAUGAAAGCGGUCAGUGGACAACCCCAACUCUGUCAUGUGAAGAGAUAUUAUGUGGGGAUCCUCCUGUUCUGCCCCACACUGGGCAAAUGUGGAACGGCAGCUCCACUCCUGGAAGCACGAUGACAUAUUUCUGUAAUAUAGGAUUUUAUCACAGUGAGGGAAACAAUGUGUCAGUGUGCACAAUGAAUGGUUACUGGACAAAGGCAGACAUCUCAUGCGAAGAGGUUGACUGUGGGGAGCCACUACCCAUCCCUCACUCAGUCAUGCUGUGGGAUAGAGUCUCCACUGUGGGCUCUCGGGUUGUUUAUAAGUGUAAUCCUGGAUAUCACAGUGUAAGAGGAAAGAAUGUAUCAGUUUGUAAUGCUGGUGGAGAAUGGGACGGAGCUUCUCUGCUCUGUCAAGAAAUUAACUGUCAGGAGCCAGUUUUUAAACCCAAUGCUAAAGUGCUCUGGAACGGCACAUCUCACAUUGGUAGUGUGGUGUAUUACCAGUGUGAGGAGGGAUAUUACACCAAGAGCCUGAGAAACUACUCAGUAUGUGGAGAGAACGGACUGUGGGAGGAUAUUGAUCUGUGGUGUCAAGAAAUAACCUGCGGCCGCCCUCUAACAGUACCUCACACUAACCUACUGUGGGAUGGUACCAGCACACCGGGCAGCGUUGUGCUGUAUGAGUGUAUGAACGGAUUUUACCAGGAGAGUGGAAAUAAUAUGUCAACAUGUUCACAAUCUGGAAAGUGGGGGAAUGUAUCUAUAAGGUGCAAAGCUAAAUGUGGCCCGGUUCCCUUCCUUGCCAACUCGGAUGUGGUGUGGCAUAAUAGAAGUGUUGUGAUCCAUCGCUGUGCGGCAGGAUAUCACAGCUGGAGGGGCAGCAAUGUCUCUGUGUGCGGCGCCUCUGGGCAGUGGCAGAAAUCUACUCUGAGAUGCAUAGAAAUCAAACCGCCUAUCAAUCACCUGCUUAUCUUUAAUGAAAUGUGUCUGAGUUGGAGAGCAGAAAAGUAUGAUGAGGAUACAGAAGUUUACACGGUGACUUACACCGGAUCCAGAGACUACCAGCGAUCCUUUCAUGAUAAAAAGACACAGGUUCUGAGCUCCACGGCCGACCAGCUUGAACUCUGUCUCAACCUGCUUCCAGUCACAAACUACACCAUUACCAUCAAUGCAACAACUGCUCAGUUCAGAGCGACCAUCACCACUAACACCAGUUUACCAGCACCUCCAGUUCCGGUUGUCUACUACAGAGAAUUUGAGACUCCUUUACCCACAUUGAAGCUACACAGAUCACCCAACACUCUGGACCCAAUAAGCUUGUACCAAGUGUUUGUGGUUCCUUUGGAGGGGAUCAUGAUGUUUGACUGUUCGUCUCCUGUGAGCUCAGACCCCUCAAACAAAAUAAAGUUUCCAGUGGAGUACAUCACAGCGCAGAUAGAUGCCCAGAGUGUUGGAACAGAAAUUAUUUUUACUGUAGGGGAUGGAGCCUUUUACGGGGGCUUUUAUAAUGUACCACUGAAGCGAGGCAAGAACUAUUACAUCAUCUUGCGAGCUGUCAGUCAGUGGAAAACGGAUUUAAAGAGUUCCUGUGUCGUGUGGGCUAAAGUCGGAGGUACAUCAUAUGUUCUGAAGGUUUCAGCGCUUUCUGCUGCUGCAACAAUAGGACUGGUUGCCUUGGCUAUUUUGGGAGGAUACCAUUUCGUCUGGUUCAUCAAGAAGACAUGACAAAGUGCAGAUGUUUUCUGUAAUGUCAUUUAAAGAUAAAAUUACAGUACUGCCUUCCAAUAUGUACAUUUGUAAAUAAUUUGUAAUAAUAAUAAUCAUUAAUACAUGUAAUAACUAUAACAAAUGUAUGUUUAUGUAGUUAGCAUUCUGUACUUAUUUUGCCUAUGUUGUUUUCUAUUUUAUAUUAUUAGGUAAUACUUACAUUUUGUUUUUAUUUUAGCAUUCUUUUUACUUAUGUUUUUUAAGACUGCUUAUAUGUGCAGCUAAGCUACUGUGACCAAGCAAUUUCACUUGCAAAUUAUUAAAGUCUGUCUAAAUCUAAGUUUUGUGUGAACCUAGUCACGUGAGUUUGACCUGUGCAAAACCCACAGAGAUUCAUAAUAAACACCAGUUCUAAAGAAGUGAA